AUGACUUCAACAACGACUGCAAUUGAGCUUGGUACUGGCUCAGCUCCAAGUCCGACAUGGAGUUUGCGAAAUUCCAGCCUUAAGGAGACCCAACCAUCCAAGACAUUCACCGUUACCGACCACGUCCUCGAAGCCUCGCGAGAGGCCGACUCAACGGCCCCGGAAGGCGGGUACGGCUGGGUGAUUGUAGCCAGUGGCUUCAUUCUACUAUGGUGGUCCCUCGGCACAACAUAUGCUUGGGGCGUGAUGCAGACCGCCCUGGUCGCCGAUGGCCUGGCCGAUUCCGCCGUGCUCUCCUUCGUCGGGUCGUUGCAGGCGGCGUUGAUCUCAGCUCUGGCAAUUUCUAAUUCCUUCGUCGUGCGAAAGACGGGAGUCCGUGCUGCGGCAAUGCUAGGUGCAGCUUGCAUGGGUGGGAGCGAGAUCCUCAGCAGCUUCACGGUUAAGAAUGUUGGGGCGCUGUUUUUCACUUCUGGAAUAUUGAUGGGAAUAGGUGUCAGCACCAGACGAGGGCUGGCCAACGGCUUCAUGUUCGCCGGAAGCGGUUUCGGAGGUGCUGCAAUCAGCUUUGCGUUGGAUUCGUUGAUCCAAAAGCUAGGUGUUGCGUGGGCAUAUCGCAUCCUUGGCCUCAUGACCCUUUCGACGGGUCUUCCGGCCGCGUGGCUCAUGAAGGAGAGGAUCCCAGUUGAGAGGCGGCAGUUUAUUGAGUGGAAAUUGUUCAAAUCUCCCACAUUUGUGCUCAUCUUCGUAGGGAGUGCAAUUGGGACCUUUCCCCUGUUUGUUCCACCAUUUUUCAUUCCGUUAUACAUGAGAUCACUGGGCUUCUCUACAAACGCCGGCGCCGGCUUGGUUGCGGGUUUCAGUCUAUCUUCCGCGGCUGGCCGUAUUAUAUCUGGCUUUGCAUCUGAUAAAGUCGGCUCCAUCAACACUGUACUCGCGUCUCUGGUCUUGACCGCUGUCACUAUGCUGGCAAUUUGGCCAACGUCCACAACGCUGGGGCCACUGAUCGCCUUUGUCAUUAUAAACGGCGCUGCAAAUGGAGCUUUCUUCUCCACGAUGCCGACUGCCAUUAGCAAAGUUUUUGGGAGUGCCAGAGUGGCUGUUGCUAUGAGCAUGGUGGUGACUGGCUGGGUUGGUGGUUAUCUCAUGGGGGCUCCAAUUGCAGGCUACAUUCUAGAGGGCUUCGGGGGUGUCGAUGGCGGUUUGCACGCAUACAGACCGGCCAUGUUUUAUGCAGGCGCACUUGCGCUUGCUUCUGGAGUCUUCAUCUUGGGCGCUCGAUUUUGCAUCAACAGGUCUCUUCUGGCUGUUGUAUAA